ACUGUGGUGUCGAUUAAAUGGACCACUACCAUUAGCCAAACGAAGGGCCCUUACGAUUUCCGGUUGCCUGUCGGCAGGAUAGGUUAUCAUCAGUAAAGAUAAAAAAAGAUUCCUGAAAUGAGAAACUCUGAAACGUCAAGCCACUUGUUGAGAAUUGAAAGUCAUUUACUAAAAAAUGAGAGAGAAAUAGGACAACUAAAGGAAGAAGUAAAUGAUAUUCAAUCUAGGUCGCAUGACAUCCUUAACAACUUGAGUAAGCUUUCAUCUUGCGACAGUCAUGAUGCCGUUAAAAAUCUUGAAGAUCAGAUAGAUACACUCAAAGAGGAACUAAAGUAUGAAAAUAUUCUUCGCUCGAAAAUUGAAGAGGAAUUGCAAUCUUCUUUAAAUGAACUAAGGUUUUACCGGACAUCCACUGCAGAUGAUAUUGCACACCAAGAAAAAAAUGAGCUAGAGUCGCAAUAUGAAAAUUUUAUCACCGAUUUUGUGAGUGAAUUAAGGGCGCAAAUACAUUCCUGCUUGUUAUCAUCUUCUGAUGGUCAAAAAAUUAUAACAGAAAGCAGGCCUGAUAAAUAUAAAUGCGAUUUACAAGUUAUUGGUUCUAGCAGUUUACAAGAAAUAAUGAAUGAAUUUAAGACUGAAAUAGCUGAAAUUUGUACGCGUGGAGAAAAUGCUGUCAAAUCACUCACCGAAUUGGAGCAUAAACAUGCCAUACUUCAGCAACAGUAUAACGGAUCACACCAGUUAAUUGAAGAUGCAUUACAUAAGGUGGCUGAAUUAAUAUCCUUCGGUGAAAAAUUAACCAAGGAGCGUGAUGAAGCUAUAGAAUGUAAAGAAGUCGCUGAAAGUGAACUUGAACAGUUAAGACUUGUGAUUGACAAAUUAAUUGAAGAUUCUGGUCAGCGUACACGUGAAGAGGUUGAUAAAGUACGAGUUAAAGCAAAUGAGAAUAUUGAAAAGUUAUUGCAUGAAUUGCAUCAUAUGGAAAAAGAACGUUGUCAGUUAGCUGUUGAGUUGGAGUGUUUAAAAUCAAAUAGUGUUAAUAAUCCUACCGAUGGUAUAAGUAGUCGAGAAUCAAAACUAGGUGACUCUCAAUUAGAUUCUGCUAGGAGACGUGCUAUUCAAGCUGAGAAAUUAUGUGACGAAUUAAAAUUACAAUUGGAAACAGAACGCAACUGUAAAGAACGACUGAUUGCAUCUAAACAAGCUGAAAUUGAACAACUGAAUCAAAAGAUUAAAUCACUUGAGGAACGCUUAGAACAUGCUGAAACACAAUUUAAACAAAAUGAAAACCAUUAUUUCAAACAAAAUAAAGCUUUAUUGGAUUCAGAAAUUCAACUCAAUACCUUGAAACGACAACUUGAAUCUGUACAAAAAAGUGUUCAACAUCAAAUUGAAUUAGCUAAACAAUCGAUGAAAGUAAAAGAAACUGAACUAAACUUGAAAAUUGAAACACUUGAAAAAGUUAAUCAAAUCAGUGAUGAAAAAUGGCGCAAUUUAUUAGAUAAACAGCAAAAAUUAUCAUUGCAGUGGCGAAAAGAAGCACAGGAGUUGGCUAAUCAACUUGAAGAGCAAUGUAGUGCAUUUAAAGCACAAAUAGAAAGAAAUCAUCAACGAUAA